GCGGGAAGCGCAGAUAGUUUGGAAAGGCGACUACGAGGUCGCCACUUGCAAGGAAUCAGCGACAAUCGAGGAAACUUUGGCCAAUGUGCAACCUCCUUCGGUUCUCGGCACGAAGGUGGAGCUGGUUCCCAUGGAUGGUGGAGUGGACCGCGCGUGCCGUGGAUCUUCACAAGUGGAGACAGGGCGGCAUGCCGGGCUGUACGACAUUUGGACUGCGGAGACCCUGGAUGCCUGCAAGGCACUCUGCGUGGGCAAGUGCACAGGCAUCGAGUACCAUGCCAAAGGCAAGUACUGCGAG